GUCGAGGUCAAAUCAUGUCGGUCGUGGUGACUUGCGGCCUUCCGUCUGCCGCUGAGGCGACGAAGGGCCUUGCAUUGCUUCAAGAUCUGCAGAAGCAAGGACUUCGUGUCGCUGUCCUUGGCUCUUUGGCAUGGCGUGACCAAAUCGUGCACGCAAAGAUUCCGCACAUCCAUGUGACUGCACCAGUCGAAGUCGAAGAGUUGCUCCAGUCGCCAGUCCGCCUUGUCGUCGCGUUCCUUCCCGACUCGUCUGUCACUACGGAAGAAUCGUUGAAGGCGUGGGGUGUUGGAAGCCACGGAUUCGUCCGAUCGGCGACAUGGGCAUUCGACAAGAUUGCUGUCGUCGUCGACUCGAACGACUUUGCUCGAAUCCGUGACUCCGUGUCGCAGCAUGGCGAGCUCGCUCUAUCUGUCAACGACCGCAAGUUGUUGUCUCAAAAGGCCUUCCGCGCGUUUGCCUCUCUGGACAACCGAGCCGCGUCUUCGCUUCAAGUGGAAAUUCCCCAACGCAACAUUCUCCUCGUCGGAAACGGUGGCCGCGAGCAUGCGCUGGCUUGGAAACUUGCGCAGUCUCCGCAAGCUGCCCACAUUUUCGUCGCUCCAGGGAACGGCGGCACGGCCGCGGGCGCAAAUCCAAAGAUCUCGAACGUGGCGCUGUCCCCGGACCACCCCGAUGCCCUGAUCGCGUUCUGCAAAGAACACAACGUUUCGCUCUGCGUUGUGGGCCCUGAAGCCCCACUCGUUGUCGGUCUUGCCGACAAGAUGAACGCCGCUGGCAUCCCAACGUUUGGCCCAAGCCAACGUGCGGCGCAACUGGAAGGGUCGAAAGCUUUUUCCAAGGACUUCAUGGCCCGCCACGACAUCCCGACGGCCGCGUACAAGAAUUUUACUUCUUACGAUGACGCCAAGGCGUUUAUUGAUUCGAUCGACUACAAUGUGGUGAUUAAAGCGUCCGGCAUUGCCGCCGGCAAGGGCGUGUUGAUCCCCACGACCAAGGAAGAAACGUAUGCUGCGCUCAAGGAAGUGAUGGUGUCCAAGGCGUUCGGCAACGCCGGUGAUGAGGUCGUCAUCGAGGAGUUCAUGACGGGCGAAGAAGUGUCGCUCUUGGCGUUCUGCGAUGGCCAGCGCGUUGUGGCAAUGCCCGGUGCCCAGGACCACAAGCGCAUCUUCGACAACGACCAAGGUCCUAACACGGGUGGGAUGGGCGUGUAUGCGCCUGCUCCGUGCCUGUUCGGCCAAGUCGAACAAGAAUGCGUGGAAAUCGUACAAAAGUCGGUGACGGCUCUGGCCAAGGAAGGCCUGCCGUACGUGGGCAUUUUGUUUGCCGGAUUUAUGCUCACUCCCAACGGACCCAAGAUCGUCGAGUUCAACUGCCGCUUUGGGGAUCCCGAGACGGAAGUGGUGCUUCCGCUUCUCAAUAGCGAUUUGGUGGAAAUCAUGCUGGCUUGUGUUGAACAUCGCUUGGACCCUUCAUUGGUGAAGUGGAAGAACGGCGCGGCCGCGACGGUUGUCAUGGCGUCCGAGGGGUACCCUGAUAGCUACCCCAAAGGCCGCGUGAUCACGGGAACGGAUGCUGCGAAUGCCCUCCCCAAUGUGACUGUGUUUCACGCCGGCACUGCCUUGCGCGACAACAAGGAGCUUGUCACGUCUGGAGGCCGAGUGCUCACCGUGACGGCGACGGCGACGUCGAUGAAGGACGCAAUCGAAAAGGCGUACGAAGGAGUGUCCAAGAUCCAUUUUGACGGCGCGCAGCACCGCAGCGACAUCGGCCAUCGCGGUCUCCUUCGCUCGUGCCCGACGAUUAAAAUCGGUGUGCUUGGGUCGACGCGUGGCAGCAGCUUGCAGCCGGUUCUGGACGCGAUUGCUGCGAAGGAACUCAACGCAACGGUGGAGAUCGUUGUGAGUGACCGCAAGGCGUCGGGCAUUCUCGAACGUGCCCGCAACCACAACAUUGAAGCCCAUGCGGUCUCUGGCAAGGGCAAGACCCGCGAUCAGUUGGAUGCCGAAGUCACAGCGCUCCUCCAGGCCAAGAAAGUCGACCUCAUCCUCUGCAUUGGAUACAUGCGCAUCUUGUCCGCGUCGUUCUGCCAAGCGUGGGCCGGUCGCGUUUUGAAUGUCCACCCGUCCCUUCUGCCCGAUUUUGCUGGCGGCAUGGACUUGGCGGUCCACCAAGCCGUCAUUGACGCCAAGAAGACGGUCACUGGAUGCACUGUGCACUACGUCACGGAAGACGUCGAUGCCGGUCCCAUUGCCGUCCAGUUGAAGUGCCCCGUGUAUCCCGCCGACGUGGCGGAAACAGUCAAGGCUCGCGUCCAGCCAUUGGAAGGAGCUGCGUUCUUGUAUGCGAUCAAGCGCCACCAGGUGCAUGCGUACAUGGGCCGCGUUCAAAAGCAAACAAUUUCGUAUGCCGACGCUGGUGUGAGCAUCGACGCUGGGAAUGCUCUCGUGCAAAAGAUCAAGCCGUUGUGUAAGUCGACCGUGCGCGCUGGAUGCGACGCGGACCUCGGUGGGUUUGGUGGGCUCUUUGACCUGCAAGCGGCCGGCUACGACAAAGACACGGUCCUCGUCGCAUGCACGGACGGUGUCGGCACCAAGCUCAAGAUCGCGCAGCUGACGGGCCAGCACAAAACUGUCGGGAUUGAUCUUGUCGCCAUGUGCGUCAACGACCUGCUCGUGCAGGGUGCGGAGCCCCUGUUCUUUUUGGACUACUAUGCUUGCGGCGCGCUCGACGUGGACGCUGCCGCGGAAGUCGUGGAAGGCAUCGCGGAAGGUUGCCGUCAGUCGGAGUGCGGCCUCAUUGGCGGGGAAACGGCCGAAAUGCCGUCCAUGUACCACGGUGGCGACUACGACUUGGCCGGGUUUUGCAUUGGCGCCGUGCACAAGACCAAGUUGUUGCCGCUGCCGGCGCGCAAUGGCGACGUCGUUUUGGGACUGCCCAGUGCCGGGUUGCACUCAAACGGGUACUCGUUAGUGCGGAAGUUGGUCGAAGUUGCAAACCUGACCUACGGCUCGCCUUGUCCGUGGGACGCAACGUCGACUUUGGGCGCAAACCUCCUCACCCCUACGCGCAUCUACGUGAAGGCUAUCAUGCCCUUGUUGAAGCAAGGAUUGAUUCGCGCCAUGGCGCACAUUACUGGUGGGGGGUUGUUGGAAAACAUUCCGCGCGUGUUGGCCAAUACCAACGCGGUCGAGAUUGAUGCCGCUGCUUGGCGUCUCCCUCCUGUGUUUGGCUGGUUGCGCUCUGUCGGCAACCUCCCUGACGAUGAAAUGACCCGAACGUUCAACUGCGGCAUCGGCAUGGUGCUCAUUGUUGCUCCUGACCACGAAGCUCAAGUUGUCGAGUUGCUCAAGGCCGAACACGUUGUGCGAUUGGGCUCGGUGGUGCCUCGCGCUAAUGACAGUGCCGCGCAAGUGCUUAUCAAAGGUCGUCUGCAGUUCUAAUCAUCACCAUCCAUGUGUUUCCUCCGUUCGUCGACUUCCCUAGCGCACAUGACCUUCC